UUAUCAUUGGUGGGGUGUAUACGCGCGUCUCUGUAAGCUGGCUCUAGCGUGCGUGACUCUGGGCUAGCAUCCGGUGAGAUAUUGUAGCAGUGACAGUGGUCUUAUCUGAGCCUCUGAGAACAUCACAGAGGCAUGGCAAACGGAUCAUCCCACCCUAGGAAGAUGUGUGGAAAGGACUGCGCUUACCUGGGGUCCCUGUCUGUUCCUGUGGGUGUGUGCCCCUCCUGCCCUCGUGUCAAUGCACCACAGGCCCUCCUUCUUACCGGCCCCAGCUGCUCCUUUGCCUUGGUUUCCGCGACUCGCAUGCAAGUUGGUCCUGUCCGUGAUGGUAACGGCGGCGACUCUUGCGGAGGUGGCGGUCGUGUUAGCAGCAGCAGCAGCAGGAGGUAGUGGUGAUGGAGUAACAGGUCUCUUCCCUUCACCACUGCCACCUCCACCUUUACCUGUGGACUUGGUGGCGCCCGUAAUUCUCCUUGUGUCCUAUGGAGUGGCAGUGGUAAUGGUGGCAGCCUGCAGGAGGGCAGGUCAACGAAGCAGUGGCCUUCUCUUCAUCUUCUGGGGCUUGAUGGUUGUGUGUGGCCUGCCUCAGCUGAAGGACAUAAUUGCAGAGCUCCACCUACACCGUCACCUUCAGGACAGCUUACAGAACACUACGACAUGGGAAGCACCAGCAGCACCAGUCCACCACCCAGCUUUGGUUGGCACUUUUCUACUGCAAUACUGUGGUGCAGUUCUUCUGCUCCUGCUUAAUUGCUUUGCUGACCCUGCGUCGCGCCCCAAGGGAUCCGCUAAGGGGGUGAAGGAGUUCCCAGAGGAGGCAGCGUCCUUCUUGAGCUGCAUUACCUACCAUUGGGUUACUCGACUCUUGUGGCAGGGGUGGUGUCGGCCCCUCACAAAGGAGGACUUGUGGAGUCUGCCCCCAAACUGCAGGAGUGAGGCAGUGGAUGCUACAUGGAGGAAUGCUUGGAGUAGAGAACUGUCUUACAAGAGACGGAAGACACUUUCUCACACACCCAAGGAGACCAGCACUGUCACCACCACCAACACUGGAGGGGGUGGUGGUUGUUGGUGCAAGCCUCCACCACCUGUCUGUCUUGAGAGUAGCACUGAGGGCAUACAUGUGGCCUUACCUGUUUAGCUUCUUCCUCCUUCUGACUGCUGAUAUGAUGCUCUUCCUUACACCUUGGCUGCUAGGGAACCUCAUCUCCUUCACCACGGCCGUCACCUCAGAACCCGCUUGGCACGGCUACCUGUAUGCAGUGGGUCUCCUCCUGACCAACACCGUCAUCAGUCUGCUACGUGAGGGCUUCUUCCUGCGGGCCUUCAAAGUUUGUGCACGUUUGCGGGCGUCGCUCAUCAUGGCUGUGUACCGCAAGGCACUCACCAUCUCUCCCAGUGCCAGGAAGGAAUCGACAGCAGGUGAAAUAGUCAACCACAUGUCUGUAGAUGCCUUAAAAGUGAGUGACCUGAGCAUAAUGUCCAGUAUGGGGCUUGUUCUACCCUUCUUCACCAUUGUGGCUGUGUGGCAACUGUGGAACAUUCUUGGCACCUCAGUACUGGCAGGGCUAGCUGUGAUGGUGCUGUUCAUGCCCCUAAAUGCUGCUGUAGGUAAGCGCCUGAAGGAGUUGCAGACCAAACAAAUGAAACUGAAGGACAAGAGGAUUAAGAUUUCUAGUGAGAUUAUCAGUGGUAUAAAGGUACUCAAACUGAAUGCUUGGGAGGAACCCUUCAAGGAGCAGGUGCAACAGGUGCGCAAGGAAGAAAUACAAUUAUUAACGAAGGCUACUUACCUAGAAGCCGUGUCUGUGUUCCUCUGGUUCCUCACGCCUUACUUGGUCUCCCUUGCCACCUUCACCAGCUACAUCCUGGUCUCAGAAGAUAAUGUGCUGGAUGCCGAGACGGCCUUUAUCUCCAUCGCUCUCUUCAAUCUCCUCAGAAUUCCUAUCAAUCAGCUGUCCACUAUACUCAUUAUGGGCAUUCAGGCAAAAGUGUCCCUCGGCAGACUAGAGAAAUUCUUUGCUGCAACUAAUGUGGAUCCCAGUGCUGUGUGUAGUGACCCCAAGAUAGACAGUGCAAUCAGUGUGGAGGAUGGAACAUUCAGCUGGGGUGGAGCUGCAGGAGAGUGGACACUACAUGGGGUGGAUCUGAAGGUGCAGAAGGGACAGCUGGUGGCAGUGGUGGGUCCUAUAGGGGCUGGCAAGAGCUCUCUCCUCUCUGCUUUACUGGGUCAGAUGGACAAGACAAGUGGACGUGUAUUGGUGAAUGGUCAGGUUGCCUAUGUGUCACAGGAGGCAUGGCUACAGAAUGCCACUUUGAGGGAGAACAUAACUUGGGGACAGCCGUAUGAGGAGAGGCGCUUCAGAAUGAUAGUGGAUGCCUGUGCCCUGCAGCCUGACUUUGAUAUACUGCCUGCUGGUGAUCUGACAGAGAUUGGAGAGAAGGGCAUCAACUUAAGUGGCGGCCAGAAGCAGCGUGUUGCCCUUGCCCGUGCUGUGUACAGUGAUGCAGAUGUAGUGUUGCUAGAUGACCCUCUCAGUGCUGUAGAUGCACAUGUAGGAAGGCUAAUUUUUGAUCGCCUGCUGGGACCUUCAGGACUCAUGGCAAGCAAGACUCGAGUGUUGGUGACCCACGCCCUUUGGCUCCUACCAAGGGUAGAUCACGUGGUAGUGGUGGAGGGUGGACAGCUGGUAGAGCAGGGGACAUGUGGAGAGCUGCUGGAGAAAGAGGGUACUUUGGCACGCCUUCUACUCCACCACAUCAAUAAGAAAGUGGAGAAGGAGGAGGACAAGAAGGAGGAUCUGAAGGAGGAGGAAGAGGUAGAGAAGGAGGAAGGAGAGGAAGAUCAGGGGUUGGAGGAGUUAUGUGAGCAGCUGGAGCAUAUCCCAGGGGCACAAGCACUCCUGAGGCAGAUCUCAACCCAGAGCUCAAAGUCACAUCACCAAGUUGAUUCCCCCAGACCCAGCAGUCACCACCGCCUGAUGGGUGCCACCACCACUACCACCAACACUUACUGCAGAAAACAAGACUCUACCUCACCACCACCAUACCAAAAAAGGGUCUCCAGAAAGUUCUCCUCCACCUCCACCAUAUCCACAUCACCUUCCUCUGUGGUGGAGGGCACAGGGGACAUGGAGAUGAAGGAGAAAGGACUAAAGGUUGAAGGGCAGCUGGUGAAGGAGGAAUUUACCCAAACAGGGAGAGUUGGAUGGAGAGUGUAUCAAUUUUAUGCUAAGUCAGUUGGUCAUGUCUCACUCGUCCUCCCUCUUCUCUUUUUCUUUGUGGGACAGGGUUGUCAAGCUGGCAGCAAUAUCUGGCUCUCAUAUUGGUCUACAUCACAAACCAUUACUGCCACUGUCGCCAACACUACUGCUGCUGCUGCUAACAUUACCAAUACUACUGCCAGUGUGGAGGAGGAAGAGUUUGAUCGUCUUCAGUUCCUGUUUAUUUAUGGUGCCUUUGGAGUGGGCCAAGCCAUAUUUUUUUACCUAAGUCUGGUGAUGCUUAGGCAAGGGUGUCUGAAGGCUGGGAGGAGGAUACAUGACAUUCUCCUAGAUGCACUCCUUCACCUGCCCAUUCAGUUCUUUGAUACAAAUCCCAGUGGCAGAGUGCUCAAUAGGCUGAGUAAGGAGAUGAAUGUACUGGACUCUGUGUUACCCAUGAUGCUUGUGACAGGAAUGGGUGCCUUUACUCAGGUGGUGACAACACUCCUGGUGGUAAUAGGGUCAGUACCAUGGGUGGGAGUGGUGGUACCUGUGAUGGCCCUGUACUUUAUCCUCCGGCUGUACACUAUGACGCACAGACAGGUCAGGAGGAUUGAGUCAGCUGCAUCCUCUCCCGUCUACACCUUCUUCCGGGAGACAGUACAGGGAGUGUCUACCAUCCGUGCCUUCAGGAAGCAGGAGUCGUUCAUUGGAAGCUGCCAGGCUAAACUAAAUGCAUCUAUGCAAAGCUUCCUGGCCAUGGCAAUGUGUAACAGGUGGCUGGCAGUGCGGCUAGAGUGCGCUGGUAACCUCAUAGUGUUCUCUGCUGCUAUCUUUGCUGUGGUGGGCAGAGGCUCUGUCAGUCCAGGGCUUGUAGGUCUCUCCAUCACCUAUGCUCUGAAUAUCACAGUGAUCCUCAACUACUUUGUCAGAAUGUGUUCAGAGAUUGAGGCGAACAUUGUGUCGGUGGAGCGAAUAAAGGAGUACAUUGAGGAGGAAAAGGAGGCCCCAUGGACAGUGCAGGAUGGUCCCCCCAAGCUGUGGCCACAUGCAGGGGGCGUAGUGUUCAAGGGAUACAAGGCGCGCUACCGUCCUGAACUGAAACUGGUGCUGCAUGGUGUGUCCUGCUCUGUGAUGCCUGGGGAGAAGGUGGGAAUUGUGGGGAGGACAGGGGCAGGCAAGUCUUCUCUCACCCUGGGCCUCUUCCGCAUCAUUGAGGCUGCAUCAGGAACCAUUGAGGUGGAUGGUAGAGACAUCAGUAAAGUGGGGCUGCAGGACCUUCGAAGCCGUGUCACUAUUAUUCCUCAGGAUCCUGUGCUAUUCAGUGGCACUCUGCGGCUCAACCUGGAUCCAGCUGGCACUCUGGGGGAUGAGGAGGUGUGGCGAGCCCUGGAGCUGGCCCACCUUGCCCCCGUGGUGAGGAAACAAUCCCUGGGGCUUUCUAUGGUGGUGGAGGAAGGUGGAGCUAAUCUUAGUGUUGGGCAGAGACAGCUGGUGGGACUGGCCAGGGCACUGCUAAGAAAGUCCCCUCUCUUGGUGCUGGAUGAAGCCACAGCAGCAGUGGAUGUACAGACAGACCAACUCAUCCAGACCACCAUAAAGAAUGAGUUUCCCCAGUGCACAGUGCUCACCAUCGCCCAUCGACUCAACACCAUAUUGGAUAGUGACAAAGUAAUGGUAAUGGAGCGGGGCAGGAUAGCAGAAUUUGACAGCCCCUCUGCCCUGCUGGCCCAGAAGGACUCCAUCUUCCAUAACAUGGCUAAGGACUCUGGCCUGGUCUGAUGAUAAGGGUGAUGGUGCCACCGUGUGUCUUCAGAGGCACACGUGUUUUCUGUCAUGCUUCCCAAUGACUUGUGAGUGUAGAGGCGCUACAAGGUGAUAAUAAUGAUAGUGGAGAGUUUGUCUUUCAUCUGGUACUUUUAUGGUAUCAUUUAUUUUUGUUUUAUUUUACACAUUCCAAUAUAAAAUCGAAAUUCUAAUUUGAUUGAUUAUUGUACCCCACCUAAUAGAAUAUUUCAGGGUUCAUAUAAUAAUAAAACAACCUGUAUAUAUUUGAAUAAAGUAUUUAAUUUUA